AUGUUCCGCUUUGUUGAGUACGCCUCUGUAGAGAACAGUUCCGAGGACCGUCAACUCCAGCCCAGUCUUCCGGCAAGCAACAUUACGUUUGUUAAUGAGAAUGAUGCGGAUAUUGAGAGCAAUAGUCCAUCAAACAACAUGCCACAUGGCCGUAACGACUAUCAGCAGUCGUCUCAACAUUCUCCUUCACAGAUGUCCAAUUCUGUACCGACAUCAUGCCCCGUCGGAUCUGGAUCUCCCCUGUCGCCGUUAAAAAGCGAAUACGAAGCGUCUCUUUUCAAAUAUUUUAUGACGUCUCUCUCUCCUUGGUUUGACUACUGCGACCCGAGUCGGCAUUUUUAUACAUACAUCGCCAGCUCUGCGUCUAGUAAUCCUAUCCUCUUGUACGCUGUUCUGACGGUAGCUGCGAGACAUCAGCGCUCGCAUUCAGAACGCGAGCGAUUACUUGCAGAUGAAUACCAACAAUACUGUCUUGAGUCAUUGAUAUCAGCCCUUGAUAACUCAGAAAAGACACUAGACGAGUCUCUUUUUGCAUCAGCAGUAAUUCUUCGCCUCUCUGAAGAAAUGACAGAGCCUUCUCCCAGGGAGAUUGUAGACUCCCAUACACUAUCUGCCCAUAUCCUUGUUCGAAUUAAAGAAGGAAACAUCUACACAUCAAGCUUCACCGAUGCGGCCUUAAUCGUAGUCUUACGACAAGAAAUCUUCGUCGCCAACCUGACACAACGACCAGUAGGGUCUUUCACUGACCACUGCAACAUUGACACAUCACUGGGUCCAACUUCUGAAGCAAUGUGGACGUACCGAAUCAUCGCCCACGCGGCGAAGAUAACCGACUUUGUGUAUGGCGAUGUCAUGUUCAGGACUAAAGAUCGCUGGAAGGAUCUGAUGCGGUAUGUCCAGGACUGGGAAGACAGCAGGCCGAAUGCCUUCACGCCGAUUUAUAGCGAAGCAGAGAAUCCACCGUCUAGUUGCUUCCCUAAGAUAUGGUAUUGUAACGACUGCCACGUCGCGGCCCGUUUGUAUUCGGAACUAUGUCGCAUUCUCCUCUUGGCAUCUGAUCCAGAUGCCUCAGCACUUCGAAUUGGGCGAUUCCGUCGCAUGCAAGAUAACGAUGACAAGAUACGGGAGUGCGUUCGAGUCAUAUGCGGGGUUGCUUUAACAAAUCCUGAGUUCCAUACUACCCGAUCUACUGCCGGCUUGGCUAUUGGUUUAUGCGGUGAACUAUUCCAUGAUCCGAGGGAAACGAAGGUCCUCUUGGAAUUGUUAUCGGCUGCAGAAUUUCACCUCGGGUGGCCUUGUUUGAAGUUGAAGGAAGAUUUGCGGAGGUUUUGGGGGCUUCCCGUGGUUGAAUCCUAG